AUGUUCCGACGACCACACAUCAACCCUCGUCGGUAUCAGAGUCUUCCUGUUUGUGGGAUCAAGACUUUCCCUGCGUCGGAACAUGCUCAGGUCGUCCCUGUGGUGCACGACUUGAGCAGUCGCGUCAAGGACAAGAUCGCACGGAUAGACUCCGAGAGACCAGAGUCUCCAUUACUAGUGGACUCAUUCAACAGGCGACAUAACUACCUCCGGAUUUCUUUGACAGAACGAUGCAAUUUGCGAUGUUUUUACUGCAUGCCUAGUGAAGGCGUGGAGCUUUCCCCGCGCGAGCACAUUUUGACUGAUGACGAGGUAAUACGACUAGCCACGCUAUUUGUGAAGAGCGGUGUCAGCAAGAUCCGACUCACUGGAGGGGAACCUACAGUGAGAAAGGGCUUAGUCGAUCUAGUAGCUCGUUUGAAUGGUCUGCGCGUAUAUGGUCUCGACUCGAUUGGUAUGACCACCAAUGGCAUCGCGUUGGAGCGACAAUUACCCUUGCUCGUCAAGCGGGGACUUACACAUCUGAAUAUUAGUCUGGAUACGCUGGAUCCGUUUAAAUUUGAAAUCAUGACUCGCCGUAUGGGUCAUGAAGCGGUACUUCGCUCCCUGCAAGCAGCAAUGUCAUCCAACCUCAAGUCGGUCAAAUUGAAUGUUGUAAUAAUUAAGGGGCUCAACGACGGCGAGAUUCUUGACUUCGUGGAGAUGACAAGAGACAGAGAUAUGUCUGUCCGCUUCAUUGAAUUUAUGCCGUUCACAGGAAAUAAAUGGGAUAAAGCCAAGAUGGUUCCAUCAGCUGAAUUGUUAGCUCGUAUUCGAAGCACGCAUCAAGCUCUGACGAAGUCCCCUGACGAGCUGAACGAUACUGCGCGAUCCUAUGCUAUCCCAGGGUAUAAGGGGAGCUUCGGGUUCAUCAGUAGCAUGUCUGAUCAUUUUUGUGGCUCCUGCAAUCGCCUCAGGCUUACGGCGGAUGGGCAGAUCAAGGUCUGCUUAUUUGACGCGAAAGAGAUAUCUCUCCGUGAUGGACUGCGUAGUAGUGAAACCGAUGAAGAACUGUUGCAGACCAUUGGCCAGACUGUCCGGGGAAAACGGGAGAAACAUGCAGGCAUGGAAGCAAUUGACGUCGUGAAAAAUCGACCCAUGAUCCUAAUUGGAGGUUGA